AACGGUCUCACAACGUCGUUUUGAUUUAAAAUGAAAGUAGCAAUUAUCGGAGCAGGGCCUUGUGGUUUGACAUCCAUCAAAGCAUGCCUUGAUGAAGGACUUGAUCCUGUAUGCUUUGAAAAAGGAUCUGAUAUAGGUGGACUAUGGCGAUACGCAGCCUCUGAAGAAGAUCAUGCCAGUGUUUAUAAUUCUUGUGUAAUGGUCACAAGUAAAGAAAUGUCAUCUUUCAGCGACUUCCCAAUUCCAAAGGACUAUCCACUCUUUCUCCCCCACUCUCUGGCAAGGCGCUACCUUGAAAUGUAUGCAGAAAACUUCGAACUACGCAAACACGUGGUGUUCAAUAGCAAAAUUGUGGGGAUCAGCCGCCAUCAAGAUUCAAAAGAAGACCGAUGGCACGUUACAAUUGAAAAAAGGACCGAAAAAAAUGUCGAAAGACAAACGCUCGAGUUUGACGCAGUGCUCGUGUGCUCCGGCCAUCAUUGGAAUCCAAAUGUUCCUAAAUUACCUGGCGAUGAAAAAUUUAAAGGUGAAAUCAUCCACAGUCAGUUAUUCAAAGAAGCAAGAAGCUAUGAGGGAAAAAGUGUUCUAGUUGUUGGUAUUGGAGACUCUGCUGCAGCUAUAGCAACCGAGUUAAGUCAUGUAGCUGAAAAAGUAUAUCUGAGUACAAGACGAGGCUCUUGGAUAACCUCACGGCUACAAGCAUAUGGAAUGCCAAGCGAUCAGUUUCUACAGCGGCGUUUCUUUUUUGAUUUACCUCGUCCACUCCUUGACUGGAUUUGCACCAAAAUCGCCAACACUUACUUUGAUCACGAGGACUUUGGAUUGCUGCCUAGCAACAGCUAUCUUCAGCAACCUCCCAUAGUCAACGAUUCCCUGCCGUACAAGAUACUCAGCGGGGCUGUCAUUAUAAAACCCGACAUUUUCGAAAUUGACGAGAAAGAUAUUACAUUUGUGGAUGGCACAGUUGCUACGGAUAUUGACGUCAUCAUCUUAGCAACGGGUUACAAGUACACGUUUCCAUUUUUGGAUGAAACCAUGGUAGAUUUUGAGUUUAAUGCUCCUCGCCUCUACAAGCACAUGUUUCGAGUGGAGGAAAAUCCGAGUAUUGCGUUUAUUGGAUGUCUACAACCAGUUGGAUGUAUGUUCCCUGUUGCAGAAAUGCAAGCAAGACUUGCUACUCGUGUAUUCAAAGGUCUUGUAAAGUUACCCAACCAAACAGAAAUGGAGAAAGAUAUAGCUGAAAGUUUCGAAAGGAGAGCGCACGAAUCGUAUCAUGCUGAAAAACACGUCACAAUGGUCUACUACAUACCAUACUGUAACAGUUUGGCAAACAUGAUAGGAUGUAAACCUCGUUGGUUAAGAACACUCAUCACCGAUCCCAUGUUGGCUAUUCGCUGCUACUUUGGGCCGUGUUCGCCUCCACAAUAUCGCUUGAAUGGAGAAGGAGCAUGGGAAGGAGCAAGAAAAGCAAUCAUGGAAAUUGAAGAAAGAAAUGUCGCUCCAACGAAAAAGAAAGUGAACAAAGAAAAGAGACAGCGAUUAUUUUCUUUAAUUCCAAUCUUUGCCAUGUUAUGCUUUUUUAGUUAUCUGAUGUUCCAAAUGCAAGCAUAAGCAUGCAUGCUUUUAUUCAAUUAUUUGCUUUCGUCCGUUCUAUGGUUUUUAUUCAUUCUUUUAUGUAUAUUAACAGACUUUAAUCUUUCACCCAUAUAUAAAUAUAAUUAAAAAUCAAUUUCAUUUCAUGUGAAACUUA